AACCAAGUUCACAAAAAUUCAUUGAGAGAAGCUAGGCAGGCAGGCAAGUUGCGUAAAACGUUGUUAAUUCAAGAGACAUACCAUACCUAGUCGAACAUGCCAUUACAAGACAUAACAAACAUGGUAACUAAAAGUAAUUUAGAACCAGAAAAUUCAUUGUUGUCUGGGCAGGAGAUAAUGUUCUUUACCUCACCCACUAGAACAACAACGACUGCCACAACAACCUCUCCACCUCCUGAUCCUUCAACAUCCUUUAUUUUUUCUCACCCAAUGCCUUCAUCUCCAAGACAAUUAUUUCCUCAGAGACGUAUAUUCAGAUCUACUUCUUAUGACAGCAGGAGUAUUGCUUUCAGGAGGAGAAGAAGUUUACCUUGUAGCAGCAGCAGACAAAGAAGCUCAGAAUCAUCCUUUUCUUUUGUGGAUCAAAACAUGUUUAGUGGUAUAAGUAAAAAUGAAGAGUCUGAAUUGGAUAGCGUGUUUGAUAAAAGAAAUUCUGAGUCGGACGCAGUGAACUGUCAGUGUCCGUCACCAUCUUCUUCCAGUGACGAAGAAAGUGAAUUAUUUGUAGAUUUUUCCCCAGGCGAACCCAGUGAUGCAGAUACACCAAUUAUCAAGAAGAAUAGAAAGCGUUUGUCUGCACCAUCAUCAACAGAGCAAAGCAAGCUUUUUAAAAAGUUGCAUUCAAUUUCAAAAAAUCAGUUGCUUGAUCUAGUGUGUGAUGUGUCAAAAAUAUCAUUGAAUACAGGAUUCAUAAAAGAAAGAGAAAAAUCACUGAACAGCAAUUUGGUUAUUCGAUUGCAAACUUUGCUGAGAAAUAUUCAUCGAGCAUUACCAGAUCGAGUUUUUGGUCAGACUCGAGAUGCAGUAAGUUUCAAAAGAGUAGAAGUCCACCUGCUUUUAUUCAAGCAAGAACUGUUACGACAGUGUCAUCGCAUGUAUGAACAAGCAGAAUGGAAAGAUUUAGUAGAAUAUAUUAUGCGGUCCUGUGAAUUUGUUCAUCACUUGCCAAAAUGGGAAAACACAUCACAUAAUUUACACAAAGAGCAAUUAUUUAGAGUUAUGGCAUCAUACAUUAGGAAAGCAAAAAAGCUAGCAAAUUUUACACAGAGCUUUAAACUGGAUCUCAAAGAAAAGUUAUCAAAAAACAGCCAUGGUCACCAAAGUUUGGUAAAAUUAUGUCAAGAAUUACCCUGAUCGUGUUCUGAUAAAGUGAUAUUUACAAAUGAGAGACAAUGUGACGUGUAGUUUUUUUAUUUAUGAAAAGUACCGAAGUUAAAAUAUUGAGAAUUUUUAAAUGUAAGGAAGACUAUAUAAAUUGUGAAUUGUAAAAUAUUUAAGUAUCAAUUGUAAUAUAUUUAUAUUUGCAAUGUAAAAAACAAUUUUUCUGCGAUUUCUAGGUUUCAAAACUUUAUUAUUUUUUAGUACAUCUCUUCUAUGUUACAGAAUGAAAUGUGCUGGUUUUUUCCAAUACGCUAUUUAGUUAAUUUUGUGAUAUGGGUACAUGAGUGUCGUGCUGUAUUUCAGUCUUUGUUAUAUAUCGUUGCGUGUUUCUUUUUUACGAAAAUGUCCAAAAUAUUUACUACGAAUACCCAGUGUGUAAUUUUUACGAAAUAUAUUUUUCUUGCGAAUCAAUCUCAGGAAUUAUUGUAAUAUUUCACAGAUCAAGACAAAAUCCCUUUCUUAAA